UUACAGGGUGAGCCACGCGCCCCGGCCUAUCCUAUUCUUUUAUAAGCACUCAGUAUUUCAGAAGGUAGAGGGAACAGAAGGAAUAAGAGGUGGUAUCUUACCACAAAAAAGCCAGAAUAUGGUGGAAGAUUUAGUUUCUUUAGUGAAAAGGAGACUCUGAUAAGUAUAAAAUACUAAAAUGACUGAUUCUGAUGUGAAGAAUUAGGGAAGGAUCCUAUAAAAGGUGCUGACAUGAGUGGAACUUGAAGAAACAACACAAUUUUGAAUGAGGAAAGUACAGUAGUACCCCCUUAACUGUGGGGGAUAUGUUCCAAGACCCCUCAGGGAUACGUGAAACCAGAGAAUUACAGUAUUGAACCCAAUAUAUACUGUUUUUUUUCCUAUACAUAAAUACCUGUGAUACAGUUUAAUUAUAAAUUAGGCACAGUAAGAGAUUAAAAACAAUAAAAUAAAAGUUAUAGCAAUAUACUAUAAUAAAAGCUAUGUGCACAUGGUCUCUCUCUCAAAAUAUCUUAUUGUACUAUACUCGCCCUUCUUGUGAUGAUGUGAUAUGACACAAUGCCUAUGUGGUAAGAUGAAGUGAGCUGACUGAUGCAGCACUGUGACAUAGUGCUGGGUUAUUAACCUUCUCAUAAUACAUCCAACUUAUGAAUUGUUUAUUUCUGGAAUUUUCUAUUCAGUAUUUCCAGGCCAUGGAGGACCAUGGGUAAUUGAAACUAUGGAAAGUGAAACUUAGGAUAAGAGGGGGCUAUUACUAUACUUUGGGCAAGUUGAGGAGGCUGCACAAAGAUACAAAGUUGGUGGGUAUUUGAAGACCCGAAUAACGGCAAAUUGAUUUUUGUUUGUUUGGGAGCAUUUGAGUACUAAAUAGAAUUUAAAUUUUACUUAAUCAUCAUCAAGAGGCCUGGGGAGCUUAAGAGAAAUAAGAAAGAGAAGAUAAUGAGAAACCCAAUGUUGGAGAAACAUUUGGCUAGGUGAUGAUACAAUUAACCAAGAGAUUAUGAGAAUAAUAUAUGUAGAUACAAAAAUAGGAAGCAGAAAAUGCUACCUUUUGAAUUUUAAACAAGUUGAGACUGAGGUGUUUGAAGCAUCAAUAAAGAGUUGUGUAAGUGUAGUACUCAAAAGAUCAGGAUUAGAAAAAUAAAGUCACAGUUUGCUCAAGUUCGAAACACUACUAUUACUAUUAUCAACUAUAUGCCCCUAAAGAAAUCCACAGAAUGAGCAAGUGAGCAGAGAGAGGACAAUGACAAACUCCUGUAAAUUACUGUGGUACUCUGAUUCAUAAUAUCUACUCUGGUUGCCAAGAAACUUUUUUUGUUUACUUCUUAGAUCUGACCAUAUUAACCUCUGGUUAAGUGAAGUUAUUAUAUGUACCACAUAAAUAAGAUUUACCAAGCAUGGUUCUAUUCAUGGUUUAUUCAUUCAGGGGAAAAACGAUCUUCAUAGCACAGUAAAACAAGCAAGGAACAUGUACCGGCUUGUAUUUCUGCCAUUUAUGUUGUAAUUUCCUUGUAUGUCAACACCAUUGUUCACAGCCCUGCAAUUUUUAAAGUAUGCUGGCCAAUGUGAUGAAAACAUUAGCACAAUACAACUCAACUUCCCUAUAUGCUAGUUAUCACGGAAAACUCUUGGCUGACCAAAAGACAAAACUCCUUUAAAAAAUUUACUUUAUGCACUUCAAGGUGAGUGGUUUAAUACAUUAAAAAACCAUACACAAACACAGAAAAGUUUGUAAACUUAGUAUCACUUUCAUAUGUAGUCCUUUUCUUAAGUUUCGUAUUAAUGAAGUUUAACUUCUUUUCCAAGGUUACUUUAUUUACCAAAAAUUAAAUACCUGAAACGUUAUAUUACUGAAUUAUUUUUUAAACUUCAAAAUAACCAUGGGUAGAAACUACCCUAUGUUCUAAGAAAAAAGCAGACAUCUUUAAUACACUUACUUGGUUUAAAAUCAUAAUAAUCACAGCAGGCAAAACAGUAAAUUCAUCUAGUUAGAGUCAAUCCAGUGAAGCAAUUCAUUAAUGUAUACAUGGAUAAGAGAAAUAACAAAUGCUAUUCACUGGAUUCUUUAAAUAAGCAAGCAGAUUUUAGAACUUUAUUUGAAUUCUUUAAUCUCUGCCAAAGUCUAUCUGUUUAUGCGUAGUUGUCUGGAAACACUCCGUUGGAUACUUCCAAAGAGCAAAUGGCAGGUCAAGUUUAGAACACGUGACUUCCUCACUAAUUAUAUUUAAAUAGAAUGUAGUGAGUGAGAAAUCAGAUUCCCCAUAGACACUGGAGAAAGACUGAAUUCUUACUCUUCAAAGAAAAAUAUCAAAAGAGGAGGAUGAUGUUCAAGCUAUCACUGAUCGGCCUGCUCUUCAUGUUUGUUAACAUUCCGGGAACAACUUCAACAUCAACAACCUCAAAUUCUAUGGCAGUAUCCAGUACCGUAUCAAGCCUGAAUACCGGGACGAGCACCAAUCCCAGAAUGAACACCAAUCCUGGGACAAGUCCAGAUCUCAAAAUGACCUCGAGUCCCAAGAUGACUCCAAAUUCCAACACCAGUCUGAAUACAGCAGUGACCCCAAAGACAGCCACAACUAUGAAUAUGAACACUGUGACAAAUGGUAGCAGCAAUCCCAGAAUGAACACCAAUCCUGGGACAAGUCCAGAUCUCAAAAUGACCUCGAGUCCCAAGAUGACUCCAAAUUCCAACACAAGUCUGAAUACAGCAGUGACCCCAAAGACAGCCACAACUAUGAAUAUGAACACUGUGACAAAUGGUAGCAGCAAUCCCAGAAUGAACCCCAAUCCUGGGACAAGCCCAGAUCUCAAAAUGACCUCGAGUCCCAAGAUGACUCCAAAUUCCAACACAAGUCUGAAUAUACCAGUGAUCCCAAAGACAGCCACAACUAUGAAUAUGAACACUGUGACAAAUGGUAGCAGCAAUCCCAGAAUGAACCCCAAUCCUGGGACAAGCCCAGAUCUCAAAAUGACCUCGAGUCCCAAGAUGACUCCAAAUUCCAACACAAGUCUGAAUACAGCAGUGAUCCCAAAGAUAGCCACAACUAUGAAUAUGAACACUGUGACAAACGGUAGCAGCAAUCCCAGAAUGAACCCCAAUCCUGGGACAAGCCUAGAUCUCAAAAUGACCUCAAGUCCCAAGAUGACUCCAAAUUCCAACACAAGUCUGAACACAGCAGUGACCCCAAAGAUAGCCACAACUAUGAAUAUGUGCACUGUGACAAAUGGUAGGACCAUACUCAAUCCAAUGGACAACGUUCACUUUAUUUUCUAUGUAAUAUUUUUGCUGUUUUGUGUACACUUGCACUUGGGCUGAAGUGAACUUCAACUGCCUGCAUUCUUAUCUCAGUUUCUUAUUAUCUGCUGAAUGACAAGCAUGCUAGGAAAAUAUCAUUUAUUUCAACUUACUACUUAAGAAAUUAUUAACUUGAUUUGUUUUUUUGCAAAUUAUAAUUGUGUAAGUUCAAAUAUUAACUUAAUAUGGUGGUUUCCUUCCAUAUGAAGAAAGUAUGUACUUACUACCUUAUUAUUAAAUGCUGAAAGAAGCAAAAUA